UUCACUAUUAAAAAGAAGAUGGGCGCGAAGUGCCCUAAACGCCUAGUACAUUAUAAAUAUACCUGGUUAAAUCUGUAAUACAGAAAUGUUACAGUUUGCCUCGUCUAGAAUGGAAAAGAAUUCUGGAGACUCUUGUAACUCUAGUGAAGGUGGAUCAGAUCUAGAGAACAGGAAUGAAUCAUGUGAUAUGGAUAGAAGAAAAGUUUCAACUAGGGAGAGAAAGGAUAGAAGAACAAGAAGACAAGAAAGCAAUUUUAGAGAGAGAAUUCGUAUGCAUGAACUCAAUCAUGCAUUUCAGAGUCUGAGAGAAGUAAUUCCUCAUGUUCAUCAGUCGAGGAAACUAUCUAAAUUAGAAACCCUUUCAUUAGCAAAAAAUUACAUCAUGGCUCUCACAAAUGUUAUUUGUAAGUAUUCAUUUUAA